AUGUCUCCGCUUCCUCUCAUAGCGAUCUGCGGAACGACUGGGGUUGGCAAGUCUAAACUUGCUGUCGAGCUUGCUCUUCGACUACGCCAGGAGAUUUUCGCGAAUGGUUGGAAUGGCGCAAGAAUCCUGAAUGCUGAUUCGAUGCAAGUCUACGACGGGAUGGAUGUGAUCACCAACAAGCUUCCCGUCUCGGCGAGGCAUGGUGUUGAGCACCUUCUGAUGAGCUUCAAAAAACCUGGAGAGCAAUAUGUCGUCGGUCAAUGGGUUCAUGAUGCUAUGCAGGCGAUAGAGGAGACGCAUGCUAGAAGACAGAUUCCCAUUGUCGUUGGUGGAACAUCCUAUUGGAUCCAACAUCUCAUAUUUCCAGACCGGUUGGCUACAGAACCGAUCUCAUCUGGCUCAAGCUCUGCCUCCUUCAUCUCAGAAGACCUUAUAAAAUCAACAGCCACAUUGCCGUCCGAUCUCCUGAAUCUUUUCAACAACCUCCCGGAGACACCACCCGUAGCAUCCGAAGACCCACAGGCAGCAUUUGCUUUGCACUCCCUGCUCUCUACACUUGACCCUGUGGUCGCCGGCCGAUGGCAUUGGAAAGACACACGGAAGGUCCUGCGAAGCCUAGUCAUUACGAGAGACAGUGGGCGAAGACCAAGCGACAUAUUCUCCGAACAGUCCAAGACAGCGUUGCGCCCUAGGUCGGUAUACGACACGCUGUGUUUCUGGUUAUAUGCAGACCCGAAAUCUUUGAAUCCUCGUCUUGACAGACGUGUUGAGGAGAUGGUUCAGCAAGGCCUCUUGGACGAAAUACGUACUAUGCGAAGCAUUGCUUCCCGAGCUCCAUCUUCCAGUACGGAAGGGAAUAAUCAGUCUUCAACAGAAUAUACGUUGGGAAUCUACCAAUCAAUCGGUUACAGGGAAUUCCAUGAAUACCUCAAUGCAGCGUCACCAUCAGAGAAAGCGUUUGCAGAAGCUGUCGAUGAUAUGAAGCUCUCCACUCGGAAGUAUGCUAAGCGGCAGGUAUCUUGGAUUCGUAACAAGCUCCUGCCUGCAAUGUAUGCUGCACAGCCAAGUAAAGAACUAGCCACGGCAGUUGCAUAUCUGCUAGAUGCAACAGAACUUGGAGACCAAUGGACAACUAACGUGAAAGAAGUCGCCUUCCAAAUCACACAAGGGUUCCUGAAACAGGCGCCACUUCCCGACCCUCGCUCGCUAUCGAUAGCUGCGAUGAAUAUGCUAUCCGUGAGGAGCAAACCAGCCAAGUAA